AUGUUAAUGUGCUGCAUCAUAUUGCUCUUGGCCCCGUCUCGCCUCACGGCAAGAUACGAUCAUGUCCCCUCGUCCUUCGACUGGACAGCCGAGCCGUCUCUGAGGGAAUUCCUCGUCGAUCACUCGCUCUCAUCUGGAUUCCUGCCCGGAUGCGUGAAGAGAUUGAUCCUAGACGAGACAGCUCAGCUCAAAAUUUUCGCCCUGAAUGAAGACCUGGGCGAUAUGGAAGUAUUCGUCGGCCUGCCCCAACAGGAAUUCCCCACUCACCAGUCUUGCCUCCUUCACGUCCUUUGGCUCGAAGACGACUCCGGGUUGGCGACCCAUUAUCUUCAGCAAGCUGUACAGACCUUCCCAACCGGACUCGACAAGACACAGCCAGCACAAAAGGCAAGCAACUUUCGGAUCUUCCAGGUGAACCAGUGGCAGACGAGAUCCUCCGAUUUCUACCUCCUCCUUUUCGGACAGAAAAUUGGGACGACCAGGGCAAAGGAAUUCCUGCCUUCCUUGGCAGGUGGAGGAAACUUCCUCAAUAUUGCGAUUGUCUCUCACUUCAACGACAAGGUCGAGAAUCUCCUGUUCUAUAAGCCAGAAAUUUCCUUUUCUGGAAACAUCACAAGCGUGACAUUUCUGACAUCUUGGCGGCAAAGGAAGAGGGACCAACUUCGGAUCGACGAAAGCAUGCGCGAGAACAAGACUGAGUUAAGGGAUAUCUCAAUGGUACCUCUCAGGGAGGAAAUAUUCCAAGAUAGACUUUUGAACAUGAGGGGAAAAGCUCUUCGCGUCACUUAUUUGAAUGCUUUCCCUCACGUCUGGGAACGGAAGAACAAGGCUGGAAGGAUCCAGAUGGUCGGUUGGGAGGUCCAGUUGCUGAAGGAGAUCGCACAGAGAAGGAACUUCACCAUCGUGUACAUAAAGCCGCCUGAUGGAAAAUGGGGUUCAUGGGAUAAAGAGAAGCAAAAAUGGACCGGGAUGCUGGGACAAGUUGCCAAUGGCGAGGCAGAUCUGGCGAUCAGUGCCCACCGGAUCUUCCCGGAUGCCCUCGUUGCCCUGGAUUUCUCCACAUCCCUCGGCCCCACUGCUUCGACCUUCAUCAUCCAGAAACCCGGUCAAGAGUCUCGUUGGAAAUCCCUCAUCCUGCCCUUCCAGUGGCCGGUGUGGAUAUUGGCCGCAGUAACUUGGUUCACUGCGGCGAUUUGCAACUGGCUCUUGGCAAGAUAUGGCAUCAGCCAGCCCCUUCACUUACCGUCAGACUUCAUGGGACAGGCCCUCAAGCUAAGCAUGUCUCGUCACAUGGAGAACAAGCAAAAGACAAGGAGCCAUGCCCCUCGGAUUUGGAGGAUGUCCUGGUUGUUUUUUGCAUAUAUCACGACCCUGUGCUACGCCUCGCUUCUCAUCAGUUUCCUUGCGAUCCCAAGGCAACGGAAGCCCAUCGAUCGCUUUGAAGAUCUUGCAACCUCUGAUUAUUUUGUCAUGGUCGAACGCGGCUCGCUCGAACACCAAAUCAUCCAAGAUUCGACAGAUUCCAAGAUCGGACCACUGAAUGAAAAGAUGCUUCAACAACCACCUGAUUUCACUUACCUGGAAAACGAAACAGACGGCAUCGAAAAUGUGUUGAAGAACGAUCAAAAUGCUUUAAUCUACAACCGAGAUAUCCUCGAGGUACUCGUCAAGACAUCUCUCUUCCCCAAAGAACAGGAAAUCAUACAUAUCUCCCGCGAAAACUUCAUGGAAAGCAAUUACGCCUGGCCUGUCCGGAAGGGAGCUGCCUGGAUUUCAUCAUUUAACGAAGUCCUGAUUGGCAUGUCCUCGUUCAUGUCUAGCAUUCGUGGGUGCAUGGAAGCUGGUCUGCUCGACCGAUGGAAGGAAGAGUCCAUUCAGCAAUACAGGAAACUGGAGCAAACUAAAGGAAACAACGAAACCGCAAAGAACGAGACGACGACCGAAUCAGACGACAUCAACCAAAGCCUCCAGCUGAUUCACUUCCAGGGAGCAUUCAUCAUCCUGGCCCUGGGCUGCGCGAUGGCCACUGUGGCCUUCAUCGAUGAGCUAUGCGUCUAUGCCAAGGAGAAGGCCGAUGCCAUGAAACGUGAUUUCAUUCAACGGAAUCAGAGAAUACUUCAUCAAUUCCCUCGCAGCGAAUGA